AUGGGAAACAACACUUCAGUAUCAGCGAAUACUUCCACGCGGAAGUCUGCUGCCGCCAUUCUCCACCAACAGAAUCUCGAUCUGGAGUCACAAGUGUCGGUAGCCGGUUCACGAAAGUCGUCUUCAGGAAGAAAUGCUACAGCUAAAGGAGACACUUCGCUAGAUGAAGAUUUCAGUGAUUUGAUUCUCCACCAAGUAAAACGCCAGGAUCUGACGAGCUCCACGCCUGCUGUAACGAAUACUAAUGCUAACGCUAACCUUGCUCAUAACACUAAUGCUGAUCCAUAUUAUUCAGCUACGUAUAAUCAAUUUUCAAAUGACCUUAUCGAAGACGAGUUCAAUGAGUUGAAUGAUGGAUUAUUGGAUCAGGAACCAGAAGUCUCUCGUAAUAUCUUGCCCGAUGAUGCUAGUGAAAUCACUACGGAAUCUACAAACAGCGGAGCAAACGACGAAACUCAAGACAAUAUGGAUGUGGAUGAGGACCAUUUCAAAGCUGUAACAGACCAAUCCAAUACUGAUUCUGACUUGGACAUGAAUCAUGCAUCUGGCUUGUCGAAAGUAGACUUCACCAAAGUGACACCAGCCAACCAGCAGCCUCAUGAAGUUUCUGUAAAAGUAGAUAACUCAUAUGUUCACCAGAGUAGAAAACGACACAAUCGUUCGGGGAAUGCUAGUGCCAGCAACGUCACCAGCAACCUCAUUCCAGUGGAAAUUAAAUGGGUGAACUCGUCUCGAGAGGUCAUAAACAAGAUCUCUAUCAUUGGCUCGUUCACCAACUGGAGGGACAGCAUUCCUUUGUCGCUUUCACCUUUUCAUUCGAACGAAUACGUGACCACCUUAAACUUACCUCUUGGUGUCCACAAGUUGUUGUAUAUCAUCAAUAACGAAUACCGAGUCAGUGACCAGUUGCCUACUGCAACAGAUCUGGAGGGAAUUUUCUUCAACUGGUUCGAAGUCAUAGACGAAGCCCAUCUCUUCAAUCAUUCAUUAAAUCAACCAAAUCAUAUCGGUGCUUCUACAGACUACGAUGCCAACAUAAUCUCUCCGCCAUACUACGACUACAAGACAACGUCGUCUUUCUCAGUAAACCACCAGGUACAGCCUCAAACUGCUGGCAAGUUUGAAGUGGACCAAAUCAACAGAAAAUCUAACAGCUUCUUGGCCAAGAUCUCAAAAGAGAACUCGUCCAACUUCGAACAUGUAGAAUACGCGGAAGACAAAAACGACGACAUGAAGGACAUACGGAUGCACGAAGAAGAACAAAAGAGUUCCGAGAACUAUCCAUAUGGAAGUAACAAAGGCUCAGUGCCAGGCUCAACUCAAUAUGUGCCAUAUAGCAUGUCGUCUUCUACAUCUUUGCGAACGCCCACAACUGAGAAUGUACCAAAAUUAGAAUAUUCCAGUGACAUUCCAGAAAUGUUUCAAAACUAUGACUACUUCAAGAAUAAGAGUCCAAACUACGAACUUCCUGAACCACCACAGCUCCCAGCACACUUAAACAACGUGUUAUUAAACAAAAUGUCGCAGACAUCGUCUCAAAGCUCCCAGAGCCACAUUAGCAAUUCACAGACAGCUCACAGCUCUUCUUACGGUUCCACGCAUCAUCAGAGCCUCAAACCUCCCAAUGCUGCAUUUGUUUCAGAAUCUAGCCCAACUAACCAGUCUCAUAACAAAAGACCCACCUUAAGAAGAGCCGACAGCUCAUACUACGCUUCAAACAAAGAAUCCUACCACCAGUCAAUUCCCAACCACGUGAUCUUGAACCAUUUGAUGACGACCUCCAUUAGAAACGACGUCUUAACAGUUGCUUGUAUAACAAGGUACUCCGGUAAGUUCGUUACCCAAAUCAUGCAUUCUCCAGCAGAUAAAUGAGAUGAAUGUUAUGAAUGCAAAUGCUGCGAAUGCUAAGGGAAAGUAGAAUAGUGGAAUUACUGGCUAGUGUUUUUGUAUGUAUGCUUAUUAUUGCUUUAUUUAACUUGUAUUUUUCUCUCGUUCUCGUUGACUAGCUUACGCGGUUAAUUCAUUCAAUUCAUAAAUAAAACAUGAAAUAAAUAACAAUACAAACUAG